AUGCUAGUAAAAAGUUUGGAGGCCGAAGACCACAUAAAGCACCUUAACAGCACUUUCCAGAUCCUAAGAAGAUAUAGGAUGAGGCUCAACCCCCACAAGUGCACCUUCGGGGUAGCCUCCGACAAGUUCUUGGGGUACAUGGUCAACCAACGAGGAAUUGAGGUCAAUCUCGAGAAGAUUGAAGCGUUUUGCAAGAUGAGGUCCCCCAAAAGCCGAAGGAGGUGCAAACUCUCACCGAGGCAAGCCCCCCUCCUUUCCAAACCUAAGCCCGGUGAUAUCCUACAACUAUAUUUGGCCGUCUCUAAUGAGGCCAUCAGCUCGGUUCUGAUACGGGAAGAAGGGUCUACCCAACUCUCCGUGUACUACACAAAACUCAGUGAAUUUGACCUUGUAUUCAAGGCUAGGGCAGCCAUAAAAGGGCAAGCCUUGGCUGACUUUGUGGCUGAAUUUGCCAACCUACCCGAGGUGGACGAAAUCAUGGAACCUAUCGAACCCCCCACGUGGAAUCUUUUCGUUGAUAGGUCAGCUGGGGAAGUUGGCUCCGAGGCUAGGGUUGUUCUCAUCAGCCCCGAAGGUCACAAGCUCACCUCGACGGUGAGGUUCGGAUUCAAAGCUACCAAUAAUGUAGCAGAGUAUGAGGCACUUCUUACAGGCCUCAGGCUGGCCACCGAAAUGCAAGUAAAGAGGCUGCUCAUCAGUAGUGACUCCCAACUAGUUGUUAGCCAAGUUAACGGUAACUUCUCAGCCAAAGACAAAAUGAUGGCCUCCUACCUGAAAAUGGUGAUGAAUCUUAUCCCAUCCUUCGAAAAGUUUGAGUUGAUCCAGAUCCCUCGCAUCGAAAAUGUACAUGCUGAUGCACUAUCAAAGCUAGCUAGCAGCAAGGACUCAGAGCUACUCACGGUACUACCAACUGACAAGAAUGAGGCUUACAAGCUAAGAAAGAGAUCAGCCCACUUCCUUUUCAUUGAUGACAUUCUCUACAAAAGAAGCUUCUCCUCCCCGCUCCUACGGUGUGUCAGAGGAGAAGGGGCUACCUACAUAUUGAGGGAAGUCCACGAGAGCGUAUGUGGUAACCACUCUGGAGGGCUGUCUCUGGCACAGAAAAUAUUGAGGUACGGGUACUACUGGCCCACACUAAAGAGGGACGCCGUUGAGUUUGUACGAAAGUGCGAUAAAUGCCAGCGCUUCUCUCUGGUGCAGCGACAACCAUCUUAG